AGCGCUGUGUAGGGUAUGUCGUUUCGUUUAUUUGGAUUGCGAUUCGAAAAUGUAUUUUACCAGCUGUUUCAGCCCCAGUAGCAGUCGCGGUCUCUUAUAUGACAUCGAGCGAUUUUUAGCAAGGCAUCCAAUGAUCGUUGAUGGACACGGCGAUUGGUCUCCUCAUCUCAGAGCCUCUUCACCUUUUUGUUUUGGGUGUCGUGCAUGAGCCUGCAUCUGCACUACUCCCUUUUGUUCUGAACAUUCUAUCCCCACGACGCCGCGGUUCAGCGACUGGCUGGCCGCCCGCAGUGCCAGCGCAUCAAUAAUAACAGAAUCGGGAGCUCCUAUUCGAAUGUAGCAACCUUCUUCUGAUUCCAAAUGCUUGGGAAUAUAUCGAGCCUAUUCUGCGUUGAUGACUCCAGAACCU